CCUUCUUAAAAAGCUCGCCCCGCCAACACACACCCACAAAGCCAUCUGCACCACAUCACUAGCUGCCGCUUCCUUCUAAAUUAAUUUUCCUGCAAAUUCAUAGCCUUCGUUCAGCAGAGCACAUGGGAAGCUCGGUGCGGGUCCAAGCAGCCGUCGUCAUAACUCCUUCUGAUCCAACUCCAUCUUGUGUUCUCGCCCUCUCCGCUCUCGACUCUCAACUCUUCCUUCGUUUCACUAUAGAGUACCUCUUGAUCUACAGAUCCUGCCCUGGCCUGGACCGCGGGGCCACCUCGGCUCGACUCCAAGCCGCAUUAGCUCAAGCUUUGGUUCCGUACUACCCGUUUGCCGGGAGGGUCAGGCCAAGCCUCGGUGGUUCCGGCCUCGAGGUCGUGUGCAGAGCCCAGGGUGCGUCGUUCAUUGAGGCCUUUUCUGACCGUUACAAAGCCAGCGACUUCUAUAAAGCCCCCAAAACGGUUACUUCCUGGAGAAAACUCUUGUCCCUCUACACGGCUGAUGUUCUCAAAGGAUCACCGCCGCUAGUGGUUCAGCUCACGUGGCUCAACGACGGAGCCGCGGCAGUCGGUGUGGGGAUCAAUCAUUGUGUUUGCGACGGUAUCGGCAGCGCCGAGUUUCUCAAUUGUUUCGCUGAGUUGGCUUCUGGGAAAUGCCCGGCACUCCGGCCGACACCCCUUUGGAACCGUCACCUUCUCAACCCAUCGCACGGGAGUCCCGGUCGGGCCAGCCGGACAAUCCUCCCCGAGUUCACCCGGGUACCCGAUCUGUGCGACUUCGUGACGCGGGUUUCCAGCGAUCUCAAACCAACCUCUAUCAUAUUCGACAAAAGACGCCUGAACGAGCUCAAGAACGUGGCUUGGUCGAUGAGUCCACUCAGCGAGUCUUCCUACACGUCCUUCGAGGUCCUGGCGGCUCAUGUAUGGAGAAGCUGGGCUAGAGCUUUGGCUUUUCCUUCGAACCAAAUCCUAAAGCUGCUCUUCAGCAUCAACGUGCGGAACCGGGUGAAGCCGGGCAUGCCCCAAGGGUACUACGGGAACGCGUUCGUGUUAGGAUGCGCCCAGAGCAGCGCGAGGGAGCUGGUGCACAUGGGUCUGGGGUACGGGUCGGGUCUGGUGAGGAGGGCAAAGGAGAGAGUGGACAACGAAUACGUGAGGGAGGUGGUGGAGCAGGUGUUCGAGUCGAGGGCGAGUCCGGACUUGGUGGGGGUGCUGAUCGUGUCCCAGUGGUCAAGGCUGGGCUUGGAAAGGGUUGACUUCGGGGUGGGAAAGCCAGUCCAUGUGGGACCCAUAUGCUGCGAUCGGUAUUGUCUGUUUUUGCCGGUGAAUGAUGAGAGGGAUGCUGUGAAGGUCAUGGUGGCUGUCCCUACCUCUGCCGUUGACCAGUACCAAUAUUUCCUCAGAGCUUCUCAUUUAUGAGUUUGCUUCUCGUCUGUUGACUUUUUUCUGCUCAGCUGUCAAUUUAGUUAUCUAUUAAUUAAUCCAAUCGCCUUCUCCC